CUAAGCUCAUCGCACAUCAAAGUGCCGUAGAGUUUUCUUUCUUUUUCAGAAUUCCAAUCAAGCUACGAUCAUGACAAAAACGUGCAUGCUGAGUGAAGAGUUAUCAAAACCAAUCAUUGUCCGUGAAGUUUGGGCACAUAACUUAGAGUAUGAAUUCCAUCUCAUUCGUGAUGUUCUUCCUGAAUAUGGUGAAUGUUCUUUGGUCUCUAUAGACACUGAAUUUCCUGGAGUUAUCCAUACACCAAAAGUCGACCAUCGCCACCUUCAACCCUCUGAUUACUACAGAUGCGUCUUGAAGCCUAAUGUUGAUGAUCUUAAACUCAUCCAACUUGGUCUCACUUUAAUCGAUGAUUGCGGUCAACUUCCUGAUUUUGACACCGAUAAUCGCUAUAUUUGGCAAUUCAACUUUUGUGACUUCAACGUUGAGCGUGACCCUCACAACAAGGACUCCAUUGACUUGCUUCGUCGUCAAGGGAUUGACUUCAAUCGUUGUGUCUCUCAAGGUGUCGACUCAUUCCGUUUUGCUGAACUGAUGUUGAAGUCUGGACUUAUGUUCAAGAAAUCAAUGACUUGGGUGACUUUUCAUGGUGCUUAUGAUUUUGCUUACUUGGUCAAGAUAUUGAUCCGAAGAAAUCUGCCUGACACUUUGAAAGAGUUUUUGAACAUUUUGGAAAUAUUAUUCGGACGGAACAUCUAUGAUAUGAAACACAUGAUCCGCUACAGCAAUGCAUUGUAUGGUGGUCUUGAUCGGGUUGCAAGUACACUCAAGGUGGAUCGGGUUGUUGGAAAGUGUCAUCAAUCUGGAUCCGAUAGCUUGUUGACAUGGCACACUUUUGAUAAGUUGGUGCAAACACAUUUCAGUCACAGAGAAUUUGAAAAAUACGCUGGAGUAGUAUUUGGAUUAGAAGUUCCUCGAUAAAUUGUAAAAUCGAAAGUUGUAACAUCAAAAUCAGAAACAUAUUAAAAAAAAUUGUUUCUUUGAACUACU